AUGCAAAGGGAGAUAGACAAGGAAUCUGAUUCAGAAAAUGGAGCUGUGGAUUACACCAUCAUGUCCAGAAAAGCCCUUGAUAGCUCAGUGGUCCCCCUGCUUGAGAUCCCAUUUACAGCACAGGAUGUCAUCUCUAGGAUUGAGCAAGCACAGCUUCGUAGAGCCAGAGAGGACGUUAAUAUGCGGCUGGGUGACAUAAUGCUCAACGUGCAGCGGAUAAUAAAUCGCUACACUGUUGAUGAGCAUGUGCACUCUGGAAGGAAAAUCUCCCUUCUAGAACAUAAGAAACGGAGAACAAAUUUGCUGGAGAAAAUGGUUACUUACACUAAGGCUGCUGAAAUGAGAGAAAAGAUUCUUGUCUACAUCUUGGCCUGGUUGGAAGAAUGGAAUGCCAUUUUGUCUGAGAUGACUGAAAUUGAUAUUGAAGAACACCACCACUGGAUAGCACAAAUGCAGAUUUUACCAGAAACGUUCAAAGCUAUUGAGGGCAACGUCAAGAGACUGAGUAGAAUUAGUACAUCUUUGCUCGAAGAAAAGAGGAAACAAAAGAAAAAAAUAACAUCUAGAAGUACUCUAUGGAAAUCUUGGAAAGAAAGAGUUAUAAAGCGACCUGCAACAGCCCAUGCUUUAAGACCAGAUCAGAUGAUUAGUGAUGAAUUUGCAACAAAUACAAAAGUUUCAGAAAUCCAAGAUAUGCUACAAGAACUCAUAGGCACUGCAAUGUUCAAUAAAUUGGAAAACAACGCUAUUAAAUAUAUAUCAUCAACAAUAGUAAAUCUUUCUAAAGCUUUGCGUACACUAAAUGAUGAAGUAAAAGUUUUUAACCUCCAAAGUGCAAAUAUGUAUAUAAAUGAGACAAGUGAAAGAGAAAAAGAGCUCUCUCUGAAGAUAAUACAAGAUCUCAGGGAAAAAAAUGAAAUGCUUCAGCAGAAACUUCAAGAUGCAGAAGAAAAACGUGAACAGCUUAUUCGAUCCAAAGCUAUAGUAGAACGUCAAGUACAUACAGCGUUGCCCACAUCAACCUUGAAAGUGUUACCUAAGCUUUCUCCACAAUCAUCCAUGGUCAUUAGCAAAGCUGACGUAGAAGACAGUAUGGACAGUGUUUUGGCCAAAGAAUUGGAAAAUAUUGUAGAUGAGGCCCAAAGAAAAGGGACUAAAGCCUCGGGGAUCAAGUGGGACUCAACUAUUUCAUACACAGCCCAAGUUGAGAUGACUCCAGAUUUAACUGAACAGCAAUACCCUUUACCUGAAAAAAAACAGGAAAAGUCUUCUAGCAAUAUUACUGAAGAUAUUGCUGAAGAUAAGAUAUCACUGAAGGAAGGUGGUGUCUAUCAGAAAGAUGGGACUGACCCGUAUCAAUUACAGAAAACAAAGCACACAAAAGGCCCAGAUGUGCAUGAGACCUCUGGACCAAAUCUGAGUGAUGACAAAGGUGAACACAAAGUCUCAGAAACCAAACUUGAUCACCACUCUGAGCUACAAGCACUAGAAAAGAAGAAAAAAGAAAGAAAACCCUCUUCUGAAGCCAAAUCAAAGUCAUCCACGGAAUCAAAAAGUCAACAUGUCCCUGCUGAUUUCCUUUCUAUGAACAUAAAUAGCCAAAGUGGCAAAAGCGGAACAAGUAGUGUGUGGGAUCAACUCAGGAAGGUCAGACCUGAACAUUCACUUGACAAAAGCCAGAUUUCUUCAGAGAAGAAAGAGGAGCCCACCACUGAGUCAAUGGCCAAAGAGAGCAAAAGCGAGAUGAGUAGUCAAGCAGAGCCAUUCAGGUUGAUCCAACUUGAUUAUUCCUCUGAGAAAGUGAAAACAACAGGAAAGAAACAUCCAAUUUCUCUAGGAACCACCACAAGCAAAGAAGGAAAAACUGAAGAGAAGGACGUGUUAGCCUUUGACAAGAAAAUCAAAUCGCAUGAACUUGUUAAAUCACAGUCUAGGAUAACUAAAGAGACUUCAGAAUCUACCAGAGCUCUAGGAAGUCUAGAUGGCAAAAGUGAACAGAGUAACCUAGAAGAAUUUCAGAAAGCCAUAAUGGCUUUCCUAAAAGAGAAAAUUGAUAACAUAGGAAAGCCUCUGGAUAAAAAGACUGUGCCAAGAGAGGAGUUAUUAUUAAAAACUGCGGAAGUUGAAAAAUUAGGAAUCAUAAAGGCAAAAAUAGAGGAAUAUUUCCAAAAUGUGGCUGAAACUGUAACAAAAAUCUUGAGAAAAUACAAAGAUAUAAAACAUGCAGGACAAGUUGCAGAGAAACCUCUGAAACCAGAAAAGGUAGCCUCAUUUAUGCCAGGAUUGCACUUUCAGAAACCAUUUAGCGUGAAGUCUGAAAUUAGCCCCUUACUCUCACGUAAGAGCAUGGACCCAGUAAUUGACAAUUUAAUACAAAUGAUCUUAACUGAGAUAGAAAGUGAAAGAGAUGUUCCAGUAGACUCAACAGGAGGGAGAGAUCACAAGGAGAAGGAAAAACAAAGGCAGGAGGAAUACUUGCAAGAGGAUCAAAAAAAAAUGCUUGGUAUGAGUCUCAAAACCCAGUUGGAAGAAGAAAGGAAUCUCUGGAAGAAGAGCUAUGAAAUGAUAAACAAGAAUUUGGAGAAGGAAGAGGCACGGCUCCAGCGGAGGGAGGGAAAGCAAGCGCAACAGAGGCAGAAACAGCGGCAGGAAGAAGAGGGGUGGCAGGAACAGCAAAAACAAAGGAGGCAGAAGCGGAUUGAGCGAGAUGAGACCCGAAAGCAAAGGGGAGAGGAGGGAGAGGAGCAGCAGAAGCCGCAGCAGCAGCAGCUGGAAGCGCGGAAGCAAACAGUGCAAGAGCAAGGGGUGCCCUUGGGGAAGGAGAAGGGGCAGCAGACGAGGCAGGUUCCGAAGGAAGUGAGACACGGGGAGCUGGAAAGCAGCUGGGAGAAAGAGGAGGAGACGCAGAGGCCAAGGAGAAAGCCCGAGGCAGAGGCAGAAAGGCAGAGGCGGAGAGAAGCACAGGGUCAGAUGAAGACUAAGCCGAAAAACUCCGAGGAGCUAGAAGAGAUGUUCAGCCAAACUUCAGUGACAUUGUCUCCCAGGUGGACGAGCAUACCCAAAGACACCUCCCAGUCUCAUCACAGAGAAGAGUUCCAGCGGAAUCUUAAGACAUUAGAUGUUCUUGCUGACGGGAAGCACCUCGUACCAAUCACUCCUCCCACCUCCACACAGUCUUCCUCACCAGGGGCCUUUCCUAUUUCUGGACAGUCUCCCACAAAGUCCAUGACUCUCACCCCUCAGCAGGCCCAGGCCCUGGGGGUCAGUCUCACCCCUCAGCAGGCCCAGGCACUGGGGAUCACUCUCACCCCUCAGCAGGCCCAGGCACUGGGCAUCACUCUCACCCCUCAGCAGGCCCAGACACUGGGCAUCACUCUCACCCCUCAGCAGGCCCAGGCACGGGGGAUCACUCUCACCCCUCAGCAGGCCCAGACACUGGGCAUCACUCUCACCCCUCAGCAGGCCCAGGCACGGGGGAUGACUCUCACCCCUCAGCAGGCCCAGGCACUGGGGAUCACUCUCACCCCUCAGCAGGCCCAGGCCCUGGGGGUCACUCUCACCCCUCAGCAGGCCCAGGCACAGGGGAUCACUCUCACCCCUCAUCAGGCCCAGGCCCUGGGGAUCACUCUCACCCCUCAGCAGGCCCAGGCACAGGGGAUCACUCUCACCCCUCAGCAGGCCCAGGCACUGGGGAUCACUCUCACCCCUCAGCAGGCCCAGGCACUGGGGAUCACUCUCACCCCUCAGCAGGCCCAGGCACAGGGGAUCACUCUCACCCCUCAGCAGGCCCAGGCACUGGGGAUCACUCUCACCCCUCAGCAGGCCCAGGCACUGGGGAUCACUCUCACCCCUCAGCAGGCCCAGGCCCUGGGGAUCACUCUCACCCCUCAGCAGGCCCAGGCACAGGGGAUCACUCUCACCCCUCAGCAGGCCCAGGCACUGGGGAUCACUCUCACCCCUCAGCAGGCCCAGGCACUGGGCAUCACUCUCACCCCUCAGCAGGCCCAGGCACAGGGGAUCACUCUCACCCCUCAGCAGGCCCAGGCACUGGGGAUGACUCUCACCCCUCAGCAGGCCCAGGCACUGGGGAUCACUCUCACCCCUCAGCAGGCCCAGGCACUGGGGAUCACUCUCACCCCUCAGCAGGCCCAGGCACAGGGGAUCACUCUCACCCCUCAGCAGGCCCAGGCACUGGGGAUCACUCUCACCCCUCAGCAGGCCCAGGCACUGGGCAUCACUCUCACCCCUCAGCAGGCCCAGGCACAGGGGAUCAGUCUCACCCCUCAGCAGGCCCAGGCACAGGGGAUCAGUCUCACCCCUCAGCAGGCCCAGGCACAGGGGAUCACUCUCACCCCUGAGCAGGCCCAGGCCCUGGGGAUCACUGUCACCCCUCAGCAGGCCCAGGAAAUGGGGAUCACUCUCACCCCUCAGCAGGCCCAGGCCCUGGGGAUGACUCUCACCCCGCAGCAGGCCCAGGCACAGGGCAUCACUCUUACCUCCGAGCAGUUCCAGACAUUAGUGGGCACCCUCACCUCUGAGAAACCCCAGGGUUUGGGAGUCACCCUCACCUCUGAGCAAAUUCAGGCAUUGGGACCUCUCACUUCUCAACAGGCUCAGUCAUUGGAGGGCUCUCUCACCCCUGAGCAGGCCCAGUUAUUGCAGGGCCUUCUUGUUCCAGAACAGGCACAGGCACUGUUGUUCACUCUCGCUCCUGAGAAAGCCUGGACUUUGGGUAUCACACGUACCCAUGAACAAGCCCAGGGAGUGGAUAUUACCCUCACCCCUGAGCAGGCACGAGCACUGGGGGUCCCUCCUACCCUUGACGGGGCUCAGGCACUAAAGACCCCUCUCACUGCAGAACAGGCCCAGAAAUUGGGGGUCUCUAUCACUCCAAAGGUGGUUCAAGAAGUAUCAAACACUCUCAUUCUUAAGCAGAUUCAAGCAUUAGGCAUCACUUCCUCUCAUGAGCAGGCUCAGACAUUUGGCAUUCCUUUUACUCUGGAUCAGGCCCACGAAUUGGGAGUCCCCAUCACCUCAGAUAAAGCCCAUGCCUUAGAAUCUCCCCACACUCCUGAGCAAGUCCAACCUUUGGGAGCCCCUUUCACUCCAGGACAGGCCCAGCCCAUGGGUACAACUUUCGUGUCUGAGCAGGACCUAAAAUCAAGAGCUCCUCUCGUUAAGGAGCAGCCCUCACGACUCUGGACUGGUCUUCCAUCAGGGCAUACCCUGGACGUUGGGAUCUUUUCUUUUACUGAUAAAUCCGUCACACCAAGUGCUCCUCGCAUUCCUAAGCAGUCCCCCACAUUGGCUCCUUCCACUCCUUUUCUCCCCGCUGGGCAGUCUGUUACAUCAAGCCCUAGGCAGUUCCCAGCAUCUUCUGCUCCUAUUGCUGAGAAGUCAUCUAUAUUUGAGGUCUCUUCUACUCCUUUGCAGAUAUCAAGGUCUCCUCUUACCCAAGCCCCCUUUGUCUCUAGGAAAUCCCUAGGAAUGAGGAUUCUUUCUGACUCUGGGAAGCUCCUGGCACCACAGACUUUUCCUUCCUCUAGACAGAUCCCGGUUUCUAAGGGUCAAUCCACUUCUGUGCGGUUCUUAACACCAGAGGUCCCUCCCAUCCCUGGGAAGCUCCCAAUACCUGGGGUCCCUCCCACUCCAGGGCAGCCCCUUGCACUGGAGGACCUUCUUAGCUCUAGGCAGUUCUUCAUAUCUAGGGACUCUUUGACUCCCCAGUCACCUCUGAUAUCAAAGGACCCUUUUGCCCCCAGGCAGCCCCUUAUAUCUGGAGUCCCACCUACCUCUGCACAGAUUCCCAGUCUCUGGGCUCUCUCUCCUGGGAAGCCCUUGGUUCCUGGGGCCUCUUCCAUCCCUGGGGAGCUCCUGGAAUCUGGACCUUUAACCCUCUCUGAGCAGUCCCAGGCAUUACAGCCCCCUGCCACCCAUGAGCAAUCUCCCUAUCUACAAGCCCCUUCUACUCUUGGGCAACAUCUGGCACCAUGGACUCUUCCUAGGCAAGCUUCCCCACUUUGGAUCCCUCCUACCCCUGGGUAUCCCCCAACACUAUGGAUCCCCUCAACCCCUGGAAAGCCCCAGAAAGAUCUGUCCUCUUUUGUCUCUAAGAAAAGUAAGGACAGAUUGGCAAUUAUCUCUUCUCUGAAAUCUAAAUCAGUAUUGGCCCAUCCCAGUGCCCCAAAUGUCAAGAUAACUCAAGCCCCUUUCACCACUGAGAAGUUCCAAAUAUCAGAGGUCUCUGACACUUCUGAAGAAAUCCAGAUGCUCCAUGAUCCUUUUGCCACGGAACAGUUUAGAACAUUUCAGUCCUAUCUCACCAAUUAUAGGACACCAGUAUCACAAACCCCUUACAUUGAUGAGGGGGCCCUUCUCACCUUCAUGAAGCCUGUAACAUCACUACCUUCUCUUACUACUCAGCUAUCCAAAACACCACAGAUCUCACCUUCUGAAUGGGACCAGAAAUCCCGAUUUCCUCCUAUAGACAAGCCCUGGAUGCUGACUUCAGUUUUAGUUACCAAGAAACCCAAGAUGAGGGUGCCCCCUUCCUCUCCCCAAGAGCUCAAAGAGCAGAGGUAUUUUGUCGAUGUGGAGGCUCAGAGAAAGAACUUGGUACUCUUAAGUCAGGCCACAAAAGCUUCUGGACUCCGUUCAGAGCUACACACAACAGCCAGGAAUCUCAUAAUUGAAACACUUCAUACGGACACAGUUCGGCUGGGAUACCUGUUUCGCAAGUACAUCGCCUAUAGGCUCAUCCAGUGUGCAAGAAACAACAUCAUCAAACAAUUAGAAGCCAUCCAAAACACUGGGAAAGGCUAUGAGAGCCAGAACCUCUACAUAAUGCUGAGCAGAAUUGAUGACUACCAGAAAAAGGUGAUGUGGCUCUGGACCAAGAAGCAGAAGUCUCUAGAGCAGAAACGGAAUCAGUGCCUGAGGAACAUGAUAUUCUUAUUUAGCCAGCUCCAAGAGACGUGUAAAUUGAAUCUUAGCCAACCUAUCCCUUUGAUCAUCCACAAAAAGCAGAUACCCGCCUCUACCAAAUUUGUUCAACGGCCAUUCCUAGGGCUAUUAAUACAAGAGGACAGAAAGUCUGACAUAUUCAAGAAAUUUAGACAAGAAGACCAAAUGGAAGCCAUCUGGAAUGCUGAUCUGUCCACUUCAAGCUACCCAAUAACAGAGAAGACAUCAAUACAUUCACUCUGGGCCCAGCUGGGUGGGUACCCAGAUAUUCCUAUGCUGCUCCCAUUAGAUGUUCAGUCUACCUUCAGAAAAUCUCUUGCAUUCAUUCAAUCACAGUAA